AUGGCAGAAAACGCGCCGCCCUCGACCUCCUCGAGCCUUCCCCCUCCUCCUCAACCAUCUGCUGGCGCCCCCGGCCAGCAACAGCAAGGCAAUGGCCAAGGAAAUCCAUCUCACAUGCCCCCGCCUCCCGUGGUGAUUCCGCAGAAUACAAACCCAAUCCCGACAGCGAUUACCUCCCCAAUGUCUGGGAACCUGAUGUCGCCUACCAACACAGGUGGAUAUGUGCGCCGUGCUGCUCCAGAGCCGAAUAAGAGGGCUUUAUAUGUUGGCGGCCUGGACCCUAGAGUUACGGAAGACAUUCUGAAGCAGAUUUUUGAGACCACGGGCCAUGUGCAGAGUGUGAAGAUUAUUCCCGACAAAAAUUUCCAUAACAAAGGCCUGAAUUAUGGCUUCGUCGAGUACGACGACCCCGGUGCGGCUGAGAGAGCAAUGCAGACUCUCAACGGACGUCGUAUUCAUCAGUCGGAGAUCCGUGUGAACUGGGCCUACCAGUCCAGCAACGCCAACAAAGAGGACACGUCUAACCAUUUCCAUAUCUUUGUGGGUGACUUGAGCAACGAAGUCAACGAUGAGGUCCUGCUGCAGGCCUUCUCGGCUUUUGGUUCCGUUUCUGAAGCACGUGUGAUGUGGGAUAUGAAAACUGGUCGCUCCCGUGGCUAUGGCUUCGUUGCCUUCCGCGAGCGUGCAGAUGCCGAAAAGGCCAUUAAGUCCAUGGACGGUGAAUGGCUGGGUUCUCGUGCCAUUCGCUGCAACUGGGCCAACCAAAAAGGACAGCCUUCCAUCUCACAGCAGCAGGCUAUGGCAGCCAUGGGCAUGACGCCCAACACCUUUGGUCAUCACCAUUUCCCUACCCAUGGUAUUCAGAGUUACGACAUGGUUGUCAACCAGACUCCCCAGUGGCAGACAACAUGUUAUGUUGGCAACCUCACCCCAUAUACCACCCAGAACGACCUCGUUCCGUUGUUCCAGAACUUUGGCUAUGUCGUCGAGACGCGUAUGCAGGCUGAUCGGGGUUUCGCUUUUAUCAAAAUGGACACGCAUGAGAAUGCUGCCAUGGCCAUCUGUCAGCUCAACGGUUACAACGUCAACGGGCGUCCGCUCAAGUGCAGUUGGGGCAAGGAUCGUCCACCAACCGGCCAGUUCGAUGGUUACAACGCUCAACAGGCUGGCGCCCCCGGCUUCAACGCGGCCCCCUACUUCUCUCAAUACGGUGGCCCGGGGGGCCCAAUCAGCCCUCAAGGUCCUGGUCCUGCUGGCCGCGGUUGGGAUCAGCAGGCUGGCACCUUCGGUGCCGCACCUGCAGUGCCCGGACAAGGCUACGGCCAGACGCCUGCAAGUGCAGCUGGUUACGGUCGCGGCCAAAAUGUUCCUGGCUCUUCUUGGACUCAGCCGACCAAUGCCAACUUCGGAAACGGCUUUGGCGCUGGAGGCUAUCAAGCGUAG